AGGAGGAAAUCGAAUGUCUUGUGACCUGCACUUGAAAGCUGGAUAGAUCAAGUUAUCAUAACCUACAGCUGUAGGGAGGAGAUUACCACAUCCUCAACUUUCUAAACAACAGAGUUGUUUGAAGGCCAAGAGUUUAGUACAAAUAAUUAUUAAAACAUGUACUGUUUGUUUAUUGUUUUUUAAAGGUGCAGAAUAAGCACUCAGAAGUUAGGAAAUGCCAGAGUUAAGGCAGUAGAUGUCUCCCUGUCUGUGUUCUUUUGGCUGAAGCUGAGAGCCAUGCUGAUGGGAGCACACAAAUAUUUGUGGAUCUGGUGGCGCUGGCAAUCUGUCAGCAUCUGGCCACAUCAGAUGCUCUGAGUACACCUGGCACAGGCUGAAUUCAGCUGAAGCUGGCAGGACUCAGCAACACCUUCCUGGAGACAGGCAGGUCAUGCCCUUCCAUCAGGCAGACAGAAAAUGGGGCAUCCAGAUCAGUGGGCACAACAGGAGAGGCUCAGCCAGCUGAUUUAGCUUGUUAUAGGCAGGUACAGUGGGACACAGAUGCAUUUUUUCCUGUCACCACCAUUGCCUCCUCUCCUUGGCCUCAGCCCCAUCAUCUGGUGAGAUCUGCAGCACACCCACACAAACCCUCUAAUGUGCUGUAGCCUUGCUUCAUUUCUGAAGCUUUCUGAAGGAAAUUAUGCAUGUUAACUUGCUGUUGAUAUGCACACAGAGAAGACAUUUAAAUAAAAUUAUAUGGGUAGGUGCAGCUCUGGCCUGGUAUUGGACUGAAAGAGUGUAACACAGAGUACAGCCUGUAUUUUUCCUGUUCACAGUUCACUGCUUUAACAGGUACCUUCUGCCAUAGAUCCCUGUGUUGUUUAUUUAACUCUGCCCAGCAUCUGGGGGAAGGGAGUCUCAUUCGCUGUGAGAGCCUGCUGAAAAGUUACUAUGCAAUGUCCAACAGCACCUUUAGCAACAAACACUUGGAGCCUGGGAGAUACACACAUCCCUCUGUCCCCUUUUUUUGUUUUAGCUGGGCACAUAACUUGAGAUCCAUCUCCUAGGGUGCUUUAAGAACUGUCUAACAAGACUACUCUCAGAUUGGUUAAUUGGUCCCAAACUCUGAAAAGUAGUAAAGGACAUCCUUUUCUGCAGGUGUGCCUGGUUUCUGGAUCUACAGAAAUCCCAUGUUUCUGAGAUCUGUGCUUACAAGUGAUGGAUUUUUAAAGCCGUUUUUGCUCACUCAAAGCAACUUUCCAAGGGUUUUGAGAGGAUUAUUGAAAAAUACAGUAUUUAAAAUAUAUAACAUUAAUUAUAAGUGAAUUUAGAGAGGCUGUAAAGUCAUUGUAGAUGCUGAAAGUGUCAAAACAGCUGUGAGUUGUCACUGCUUCAGAAGUUUUUUCUUCAGGUGAAGGCUCUUAGAGAGCUUUUAAAGUAAUUCUUGCUAAUUACUGUGUAUAUCUACACUUAGAAAAUCUGUUAGCUACUUCCUUUCUAAAUCACAGCAGCAGAAAAAUAGAAAAUUCAGAUUCUUUUUGGAUCUGUUGUUUGCAUAUUGGGUUUCAGACUUCUCCAGACAUAAUAAAAUGAAAUGAAAACUUGAGAUUCUCACAGCCAUAUAAUUCCAGAGUGUGGAACUUCAAAGAAGAAAAGGGCAUUAAAUAUUCUAAGACCCACUUGCACUUUUAUGUCAGGAUAAGGAGUCCAGAUAUUCCCUUUGUAUUUUCCCUCCUGUUCCUACUCAUGCUAGCAGCUGUUCCACUCUACCAUUUUGCUUUCCAGGGUAAUGACUCUUGGGACUGAGCUAUCUCACUGACCAUCUGUGGCCCAUACAGCAAUUUGUAGUGGAUAAUCCCUCACACUAAAUCCUCUCAGCACGUGCUGCAUGUUAGUUUUGGACUUUGUCCUGUUUUGAGCUCGCUGUAGGCCUGUGAGUGACUGCAGCAAGGUGCCAUCCUUCUUGCAACCAGGGGAAAGGUACAGGGCUCUUUGGAGGACAGUUAAUUCAGCGCAGUUGGUUUUAUUCGAGGAGUCCCAAACCCUAUUUACCACUGGGAAUUAGUUAAAAUCUGGGGAAAAAUAUGCAGCCAAGUCACAGUAUUGUUUUCAUAAAGCUUUCCAUCAGGAAUAGGGCUAGGCCUUGUGCAGUUGGAAAAAAAAUACACACAAACUCUCAAAGAGGCACAAAGUGUCCCAUGUAUUUUACAUGCUUUCUAAAUGGUCAUUUCUUUCUAAAUGCACAGGAUUUAUGUUCUUAUCCUAGUGGCUUUUCUCACUCUUUUCCAAACCAGUGACAACUUAGCAUCAUCAUAUCCUACCAGACUCCAGCACUAGCUAGCAGAGAUUCAUCACAGAUUUACCUAGCAUGGGCAAGGUUGUCCUACGUCAGACUGAAGUUUCAUCUAGUACUGUCUCUGGUAGCCCAAAACCCCCAGAAUUUAGGGAACUACACAAGAGCAGUGGUGGGCAGUAUCUUUUUGUGAAUCUCUUCCAGUAUGCAGGAAGCUGUGGGUGUACAAUUUCUUGAGGAACAUACUGCCCCUCUGUGCAUGCAGGGGAUUAUUUUUUCCGUGAACAAAUUAGUUUAAUUUCUGGGUAACCCUGAGCCACUGGCUUUCACACACUGUGUGGCUGUUCAAGCACGGACUGCAAAGAACACACAGCCUGUGCGUGCUCUUGGGCUCUGUGCCAAACUUCCCAGCGACCACAGCAAGGAGUCCCUCUGGUUGUCUCUUUUUGGGGUGAGGGAUCUCAGCCAAGAUGGUCAAUUUUCCUGCAAGAGCUCUGUCAUACCUCUAUUCCCCUUUACAUUCCCUGCAUGUUUGCUAAGGCAUAGAGGCAUUUCACCAGGAUUUAUUUCUAGGCAACUCUCCCCAAUCUCUUCCCUCUGCCUCUCACUUUUACUCAGCUUCCCCAUUUCCACCAACUUGUUGUUUUUACAUAAUGCUGCUGUAACUUUCGACGGCAUGAAGACCUGGCUCUGCUUCUCCUUUUUGAAGUAAGCAAACUGCCCAAAAGCCUGGAGUGUCUGCAAGCUGCAGAAAAUCCUGUGCCCAGUCCAGUGUGGAUGUUUGCAGUCCAGUUACAAAAGCCCCGUGUUUGCAUUAUGUUAAUCCCCUGGCUUUGGCUACUCUGGCCAGGCAGAACCUAUUGCAGCAUGGAGAAUGACAUCAUUUGGAAAAAGGGUUGCUGCAUGAGGCUGCCAGAAGCUAUGCAGCAUCCCUCCCCUUUUAUAGGGGAUGGCUGCUCCAUCUCAGCAGGAGAAGGCUGCUUUAUCAAUUGGAAUAGUUUUAGUGACUGUAUAAGAUCUAACACGAUGCAGUGCAGGACAAGGAGAUGUGUGUAACGCUCCUCUCUGGCAGGCUGCAGUAGUGAUACAAUACCAUAAAUCCUGUGAUUUGUUCAUUAAGCUCUGUGACCUAGAAAUUUGUCUCAUCUUAAUGCAUACAUUGUUUUUUACUUCCCUAAUUUGCCUUUUACAAAUGGUGGCAGGAAUACCAGGACAGCGUAACUGAUAUGAUGCUGCAUGCAAGCUCACCCACGUGCUACUUGUGAUCUGCGCAAGGAGCUGCAGAGACAUAAAAUGCAGGAUGACUGGGCUGCUUAGUGAAUGCUUCCAGCUCACUAAUGCUGAAAUGCCAUAAAGCAUCCUGCAUUCCGAAACCAGCACAUGACUCUCAGCAUCGCCAUUCUGCCCGAUUCUCCCCUUAUGGACGCAGUUACAAAAACGGCAGCUAAGCACAGACGUAUCCCUGGCAUGCCGUCAGGCAGCCUUGCUGGAGGAAGAUUUUUUUUCCCCCUGCAAGCUGCCAAGGUGGACUCCUUAGCUCCUGCGAUAGACUGAAUGAGACUGCAGUUCCCCCAUCAGUUUCAUAAUACUCAGAAAGCAUCCAUUUACAUCAUUGUGUGCAGUGCAGGGCAGCAGCUGCCAGGAAAUUUGAAACUAUUUUGAUUCCAGUUGACUAGAACAGCAGCAAUUGAAUUAGCUGGUAUCGCUAUAGAUAAACUGAUGAUCUUUGCAUUUUAUUUCUUUGACCAAUGGGUAACUGCUGGAGCUACAGUAACCUCUGUAGUGGCCGUGGAAGCAGCAGUUUGCCUCCUCAUACCAUCAUCAAUGAAUUUCCAGAGUAUGGCACUGCAGAGUCGAGCAGACAAGGACCAUCGGCUCCAUCGAUGUGCCAGGCUGAGCCUGUGACACGCAGUCCAGAAAGACGGGACAGUCCCCAGUGUGUCAGGCCUACUCCUCAGUGUGCAGCUCCUGCUGGUAAUUUGAGGCCUGAUGCAGGGGCAGUGCAGCUUCACACCCCAGAAAAAGGUUUGCAACCUACGGGUAAUCUGCCAGAGAUCAUGAAAAUCUCUCGACAGCUAGAAGCAACAAAGGUGCAAGAAAGAGCAAAUACUUCUCUUGAUUCAGAGACGCAAAUGGAAAAAAAGAGUGUUAUUGGCAGCCAAAAUGUGCCGGCAGCCAGAGAGCCAGUUCCAGCAGGCCAAGAAAAACUCUCAGACAUGCUUCUUCCAUCUGAAGGAACAGCUGAGGAAAAAAAGUAUUUGAUCAUAAAGAAAGAUCUGGCUUCAGUACGGGCUGGAGAAAAGCAGUCUGAAUCUUCACAAGCCAUAAGUAAUAAAGCAGAGGAGGUCCACAGAGCUCAGGAACCAAGCUGUCACAAGCCAUCUGAGACAAACCUGGAAGCAGUCAGCAGACUGGAGAGGGGGACACGUUUUGAGGAGUUUUCAGAGUACAGUCAAGGCAAAAUGCAAACAGGUACCGAGAGAAGGCUUGCUAAAGAGGCAGCUGUGAGUAAACAUGUAGAAUUUCAAGGUGUGGAGAUCUUAUGGCUGCAAAAAGCUGAGGAGCAGAGAAGAAAGAAGCACUCACUGCUGGACUCUGUGUCUGUGGAGAGGAAGGCAUUGUCCAAAACAUCCAGCCACCCUGUGUCACCAGUGAUCUCCCCAGCCUUGCUUUCCUUGCCAGACAGUGCAUGGAGUGAGGUCUGUGAAGACACGAGGCUGGAACCUGCUGCUUCUGGAGCCACUCCUCUACCACUGCUCGAAGAAGGCAGGAAGGAUGAAGUUUCUGUGAAGGAGAGGAAGAACUGUGAUGAGGAGAUGGCUGUGCUUGCAAGAGGCCAGGGCAGGAUGGUGGAGGAGCGGGAAGCCACCACAGGAGGAUAUGAAGAUUUCCUUGGGCAGAGGCACUCUGACGUCUCCACUGAUCUGUACAGCUCACAGUUUGAAAACAUCCUAGACAAUGCGUCUUUGUACUACAGUGCAGAAUCUCUGGAGACAUUGUACUCGGAGCCCGAUAGCUACUUCAGCUUUGAGAUGCCACUCACUCCCAUGAUCCAGCAGCGCAUGAAGGAGGGUGGACAGUUCUUAGAUAGGACAUCAGCCGUGGGGCAGACAGAUGUCCCUGACAGGGAGGUGAAGGGAUGUGGUGAAGGCAUCGCCAAUGGCUUAAGGGAUGUAGGCGAAACACUCUUCAAAGGAGAUGUCACAGAAGUCCCUCAUCUGGAAAGCAAUCUUGACCUACAGAAUGUGGUGUUAGACUCCAGUGCAGCGAUGGGGAGCAGUGAACUUCAGGAGAAAGAUGCCACUGGAGCCCUUGUCCACGACCUCAGCAAUGGCAGCCGCAGCAAUUUGGAAGCAGCCAGGCGCCUGGCUAAGCGCCUCUACCAUCUGGACAGAUUCAAACGCUCUGAUGUGGCAAAACAUUUGGGUAAAAACAAUGAAUUCAGCAAGCUUGUGGCCGAAGAAUAUCUUAAAUUUUUUGACUUCACAGAUAUGACGCUGGACUGUUCACUCAGGAGUUUCUUUAAAGCCUUUUCACUUAUUGGAGAAACUCAGGAACGAGAGAGAGUUUUAAUCCACUUCUCCAGCAGAUACUACCAGUGCAACCCAAACACCAUUUCUUCUCAAGAUGGAGUUCACUGUCUCACGUGUGCCAUGAUGCUGCUGAACACAGACCUCCAUGGCCAUAACAUUGGGAAAAAGAUGACCUGCCAAGAGUUUGUUGCUAACCUCCAGGGGAUGAAUGAUGGCAAAGACUUCCCGAGAGGGCUCUUGAAGGCCCUCUACAAUUCAAUCAAGAAUGAAAAGUUGGAAUGGGCAGUGGAUGAAGAAGAGAAAAAAAAAUCUCACUCGGAUGGUACAGAUGAAAAGGAUAAUGGGAACCAGACAAAGGCUGUCAGUCGAAUUGGCAAUUCAAAUAACCCAUUCCUGGACAUCCCUCAUGACCCCAAUGCUGCUGUGUAUAAAACUGGAUUUCUGGCUCGGAAAAUCCAUGCAGAUAUGGAUGGAAAGAAAACUCCCCGGGGAAAGCGAGGCUGGAAAACCUUUUAUGCUGUGCUGAAGGGAACGGUCCUGUACUUGCAGAAGGAUGAAUAUAAGCCAGAAAAGGCUUUGUCGGAGGAAGAUCUGAAGAAUGCGGUUAGUGUACACCAUGCGCUGGCAUCCAAGGCAACAGACUAUGAGAAGAAACCCAAUGUCCUCAAGCUUAAAACAGCAGAUUGGAGAGUCCUGCUUUUCCAAGCGCAGAGCCAAGAAGAAAUGCAGACCUGGAUCAACAAGAUUAACUGUGUGGCUGCUGUCUUCUCUGCACCACCAUUUCCAGCGGCCAUUGGUUCUCAGAAGAAGUUCAGUCGCCCACUCCUGCCAGCCACCACAACAAAGCUAUCUCAGGAUGAACAGCUGAAGUCCCAUGAAGCUAAGCUGAAGCAGAUCUCCACUGAGCUUGCUGAACAUCGCUCCUAUCCUCCUGACAAGAAGCUCAAAGGCAAGGAAGUAGAUGAUUACAAACUGAAGGACCACUAUCUGGAGUUUGAGAAAAAUCGCUAUGAGAUUUACGUUGGCCUACUGAAAGAAGGGGUGAAGGAGCUGCUGAGUGGAGGAGAGAACGAUGCGCCAGGACUGAAGAAAUCCCACUCAAGUCCGUCUUUGAAUCAGGAGUCUCCAGUUAGUGCCAAGGUGAAACGCAAUGUCUCAGAGAGGAAGGACUACAGGCCAGAAACACCCAGCAUUAAGCAGAAGGUUACUUAGGGUGGAAAUGACAACUAGGGGAACAGCCAUGCAGCAAAGUAUUGGUGGUCAAAAUUUUUUCAUUUAAUAACCUGUCAUUCACAAAAAAUAAGUGCAUCUGCCUGAAUGGGGUGUUAGUGACAUUUUCUAUUGUAUAUUUUGCUGUUUCUGUGCAGAUUGUGGGAGAUGUCUUUGCUCCUGCUUUGCUUUGCUUUGUUAAUUUAUCAUUUAGCAAUUGAAGCAUCGGGACUUUUUUGUGUUAUUCUGUUUCUAAAGGAGCUGGGGAAGGGGUAGAGAGCUGUGAUGUUUAUUCUGUCUCCUCCCCAUUUAUCUCCUCCCAUCGGCAUGUGGCUUUCAUCUCUCAAGUCACUUGUCACUUUAUUUACGUGGUGGGUGGGAAAAAUAACUGGACAAGUGCUGCAGUGCUGUGAAUGUGAGCUGUAGCUGUGAGAAAAGCUGUGCAAACAUGCAGCUGCAGAAGGCUGACUGUGGGGUAGGGUGGUGGGAGCACUAGUUUCCUGACAAUGUAAGGCAUGUUGGUACUGGUACUGAGCAGCAGGUGGUACAGUAAAUAGUCACUGUUGCUUAUUGUUACUGCAUUGACCCUGAACACUUUGCGUGUGUGAAGGAAUGAACCUGGAAACCUCUGGCAAUGCUGAGAUGACGGCAUUGGAAUAAUUUGUUUGCUUCCUCCCAAGCAGGGAGCCUUCUCCUGAGUUUGCAGCCUGGAAGGCAUCCAAACCCAUGCUGUCUCUGCAGUCAGGAAGAUUAGGGAUUACCCAGUUGGAAUGGCUAUCUGGGCUUCACAUUUAUUUGCAGAGAAGGCUGCUGUAGAUGUCAGCCAUUAGCAUUAUAUAUUAAUUAUAUAUAUUAAAGACAAAGGGCCUCUGUGUAGUUUUUAACUAUACGCUCUCACUUAGCUGCUAUAUAGAGCCUUAUGAUAUAUUGUGUCCUGUUGCUUCCCCUUCCGGGGGUUUCCUUGUUGGUGUGCAAAGAGAGCUGCUUUCAAUUCCUCUCAUAGUGACAAAGCACUUUGCCUUUUUUCUUCAGAACGGGAUUCUCCUCAGUUCUCCAUUUUCCUUCUUUAGCUCACAUAUAGGUGGAAGAGGCUGGUGCCUCCUCACAGUUCCUGCAUACCCUGUGCCAGACUUUCCAAGGGGAGCACAGAUCUGGGAGAGACCACCAUGGGUAGCUCUUUCCAUACCUGAAAGGUACACUCUAUGCCCUGUUUGUGCCAUAGACCCUUGGGGUGGCCAGCAGUUUUUCAGGCACAGAGAGCAGAAAGAUGACAUAGAAAUAAUUUUCCUACUUCCCAGCCCCUCUU